GCGGAGGGGGAGCGGGCGGGGCGCGCGCGGCGCCGGGCUGAGCUCGCAGCGCGCGGGGCUCGGCCGCCGGGACCGCCGAGCCGGGGCCGCGCAGGGCCCGCGAGGAGCGCACGAGCCUUCGAGGUUGCGGACGAGGGAAGGAGGAGCCGCAGCCGACGCCGGCGCCCGCCGGGAGAGAGCCCGAACCCGCCGCGGGCCAUGAGCCGCCGGGCCCCGAGAGCCGGGCCGCGGUCGGGGCAGCGCUCCGCCGGCGCCCCGGCCCGCCCGGUCGCAGCUGCGCGCCUGUAGUGCGGGGGCAGGAGUCGCUGAGCAGACCGCUGGUUUGGAAAACUGUCCUCUGUGCUAAGUGCCUCAUCAAGUGGCCCGUUUCCUCCCUGGGGCUGCCCUGUGGUUAUUGACUGCAGAUCGAUGGCCGAGGUUGCCCCAAGCCGCAGGGGGCUGCGAUGGGACGGGAGCCAUGAAUGGUGCCGCCUCCGGCCCCGCCGCCGCCGCCGCCGCCCCCGCCCCGGUCCCCGACUGGCGGCAGUUCUGUGAGCUGCACGCGCAGGCGGCCGCCGUGGACUUCGCGCACAAGUUCUGCCGCUUCCUGCGGGACAACCCGGCCUACGACACGCCCGACGCCGGCGCCUCCUUCUCGCGCCACUUCGCCGCCAACUUCCUGGACGUCUUCGGCGAGGAGGUGCGCCGCGUGCUGGUGGCCGGACCGGCGCCUCGGGGGGUGGCCGAGCACCCCGAGGCCAUGGAGCCCGAGCCGGCGGGGCCCGCGGCGCUCAAGGCGGCGGCGUAUGGCCACUCGCGGAGCUCCGAGGACGUGUCGACGCAGGCGGCCGCCAAGGCCCGCGUCCGCAAGGGCUUCUCGCUGCGCAACAUGAGCCUGUGCGUCGUGGACGGCGUGCGCGACAUGUGGCACCGGCGCACCUCCCCGGAGCCCGACGCUAGCGCCGCCCCGCGGGCCGCCGAGCCCCCGGCCGAGCCGCGAGACAAGUGGACACGGCGCCUGCGGCUGUCGCGGACGCUGGCGGCCAAGGUGGAGCUGGUGGACAUCCAGCGCGAGGGCGCGCUGCGCUUCAUGGUGGCCGACGACGCGGCCGCGGGCCCGGGGGGCACCGCCCAGUGGCAGAAGUGCCGCCUGCUCCUGCGCAGGGCCGUGGCCGGCGAGCGCUUCCGCCUGGAGUUUUUCGUGCCGCCCAAGGCUUCCAGGCCCAAGGUCAGCAUCCCUCUCUCGGCCAUCAUUGAGGUCCGCACGACCAUGCCCCUGGAGAUGCCAGAGAAGGACAACACGUUUGUGCUCAAGGUAGAGAAUGGAGCCGAAUAUAUCCUGGAGACCAUCGACUCACUGCAGAAGCACUCGUGGGUGGCUGACAUCCAGGGCUGUGUGGACCCCGGGGACAGCGAGGAAGACGCCGAGCCGUCCUGUGCCCGGGGAGGCUGUCUGGCCAGCCGAGUAGCCUCCUGCAGCUGUGAGCUUCUGACUGACGCAGGGGACCUGCCCCGGCCCCCAGAGACAACGGCAGCCGUGGUGACAGCUCCACACAGCCGAGCUCGAGAUGGCAUUGGGGAGUCCCUGGUCCACGUCCCGCUGGAGACCUUCCUGGAGACCCUGGAAUCCCCGGGUGGCAGAGGCAGGGACAGCAGUAACACAGGGGAGGAGGGAGCGGAGGCAGAGCCUGAGGCCGAGCCUGAGCUGGAACUCUCCGACUACCCCUGGUUCCACGGCACGUUGUCACGGGUCAGGGCGGCUCAGCUGGUGCUAGCGGGAGGACCCCGGAGCCACGGCCUCUUCGUGAUCCGCCAGAGCGAGACUCGGCCUGGGGAGUACGUGCUGACCUUCAACUUCCAGGGCAAGGCCAAGCACCUGCGCCUGUCCUUGAACAGCCACGGGCAGUGCCACGUGCAGCACCUGUGGUUCCAGUCUGUGCUUGACAUGCUGCGCCACUUCCACACCCACCCGAUCCCCCUGGAGUCAGGGGGCUCUGCAGAUAUCACCCUACGCAGCUACGUGCGGGCCCAGGGCCCCCCACCCGCCCCGGGGCCCUCGCCCAGCGCCGCGCCCGCGCCCCCCGCCUGCUGGAGCGAGCCGGCGGGCCAGCACUACUUCUCCAGCCUGGCCGCCGCCGCCUGCCCGCCCGCCUCGCCCUCGGAGGCGGGCGGCGCCUCGUCCUCGUCCGCCUCGUCGUCCUCGGCCGCGUCGGCGCCGGCCGCCCCGCGCCCCGCCGAGGGCCCGCUGAGCGCGCGCAGCCGCAGCAACAGCGCCGAGCGCCUCCUGGAGGCGGCGGGGGGCGGCGCGGACGAGCCCCCGGAGGCCGCGCCCGGCGAGGGAGCGCGGGGCCGCACGCGCGCCGUCGAGAACCAGUACUCCUUCUACUAGCCCCGCGCGGCGGCGCCAAGGCCCUGGGCCCCCCCCCCCCCGGACGCGCCGUGCGGUCGCCCCCGUACCCGUCCAUCCCUCCGUCCAGCGGACCCGGCCGGCCCCAGCCCGGCGCUGGGUGGGAAAAGCGAAGCUCUUCAGUGAAGACAUAAAUGUUAUUAAAGAGCCUGUUUUAGGGACUGCA